AGAGACCAAGGAAAAACAUGUACUCCUCUUGGAAGAACCCCAUAAUAUUUCUCUCUUUGUUCCCAUUUCUCUCAACAAUCUUCCCUCUGGCUCUCGCCUUCCAUCCAUGCACAGACAAAUUCCAUGAACUCGCUAAAGCCAGAAGCUUAUCACAUUGCCAAAAACUGUCCACCCUUGGCGCCGAGCUCGGGUGGAGUGACCCGUCCAGCUCUGGCAACCGCCACCUCCUCCGCAUCCUGGUCGGCGCGGUCCUAGCCGAGGACAUGGGUUGGCUUGCCUGGGGCGUCAACCCGGGCCCACAGCCAGAGAUGGUCGGAACCAGAGCGGCCAUCGGCAUAAAAGACCCUUCGUCCAAGACGUCCCUCGUGUGCAAAACUUACAAUGUGACCUACGAGACGAGGAUCGGAUGCCGGCUCCAGCCGUCGGUGCUGGAGGAGGUGCAGUGUACCAGCUUUGAGUACAACGAUUUGACAGGAUACCACAUGGUGUCGGCCUCCUUGAACCUAUCGUCCGCUGAUUACAACAUCUCCCGGCUCAAUAUGGUGUGGCAGAUCGGGUACAAGGUCGAAGGAGACGAGCCGAAGCAGCACGUCGCCACUCUCCGGAACGUGGACAGCGUCGAGAUGCUCAACCUAGUCUCCGGGAAAAGCUCGGACAUCGCCCACAUCAAGAUUCGUCUCAGGAAAGUGCAUGGAAUAUUGAACAUUUUAGGGUGGGGAACGCUGUUGCCGGUGGGAGUGAUAAUAGCAAGAUUCUUCAAGAAAUUCCCAAUAGAUUCAAACAACGCGUGGUACGGAAUUCAUGUGGGGUGUCAGAGCUUAGGGUUUGCGAUUGGUCUCGUCGGUUGGGCCAUUGGGAUGUGGCUCGGACAUGCUUCCACACGCUAUGUCUUCCUCACUCAUCGCAUCUUUGCCAUCUUUAUUUUCUCGUUUGUCACCUUACAAACGAUGGCGAUAUGGUUUAGGCCAAAGCCCGAGGACGACUUCCGAAAAGUGUGGAACAUAUACCAUCACUUCCUAGGGUAUGCCCUACUAGCUGUGAUAUUUGCAAACAUAUUUGAAGGAAUAAGAAUUUUGAAAGCUGAGGAUAUCUGGAGGAGGGCAGUGAUAGGAAUUCUUGUGGCUUUGGCCACAAUCACUCUCGUGCUUGAGGCUUAUACAUGGAAAAAGUUUUUUGACUCUCAAAAGAAUAAUGAGAUGAAGAAAUCAGAGCCACCAUUACCUAAUUCCUCCAAAAAGCCCGAGGAAGAACAUCAUCAACCUGAAUUUCAACCCACACUUGUCACUACACGACCGACCCAGAGGCCGAUCGCGGAUCUACAAAGAGAUCACCAAGGGCACGUGCCCUUAUACAUGGAUUAAAUAAUGGAAAAUAUUUGGAUCCUGACCCAUGAGAACCUAUAUACAAAAUAAAAAUCGACAGAUAUUUAUUUUUGUAUUUCUCUUAGUUGUAGCACAAGAUAGCUUCUUGCUAAUCAGGACCUAAGUAUUUUCCUUAAAUAAUAUGUAUCUUGCUUUUUAGUAUAUAGAAUUGCACUGAUCGGUUGGCUUUCACGCGGUUUUCAUUUUUCGAA